AUGAUCGCGGCGCGUUAUUUUCCAGAAUUCGGCGCCGAGGCCCCAAAUAAGCACUACACAGCCCAGGAACACGCAAAACGAGAUGUGGCGGCUUUUCUGGCGCACGUCAUCCAGGAAACCGGGAAAAUGGAUUUGCAAUUAUACAACACGUCCCUAACAACAGAAGAGGCACACGAAUGUUUCUAUCGGGGCGGAUUUUUCAAUUGGUUUGAGGGCGGCCCGAAUUCUUCAUUCCUCCAUCCAACCUUCCCGGGUCUCGCGGUGGCCGAUGGGAAACGCUGCGUCCCGAAUGGCAGAUAUUGUAAAAAGGGGGAACCGGUGACGGAUUAUUGGUUCCCGUGUAAUGAUGAGGAGGAGACGCAUACGAAUAAAACGUUCAAUAGAGGAUGUUACUUUGGCAGAGGGCCGUUACAGCUCUCCUGGAACUACAACUACGGGCAAUUCCAACAAUUCUUGCUUUCCAAAAAGAUCCGCGUCGACAUUUUGGAGAAUCCGAAUUUGGUCAUCACCAAGAUUGAUCCACCGCUUGCCAUGAUGGCCAGUCUUUGGUUCUACAUGACGCCACAGCCACCGAAACCGGCAAUGCACGAUAUUGUGAUUGGUAGCUGGCGACCGUCCUCAAAAAACCGUCGUGCCGGCUUCACGGGCCCGGUGUUCGGCCCCACGUCGUUGGUCAUCAACAAUGAAUGUGGCGGCGAGGACACAGAGGAACCGGGCGGCCCCGGAGAAUCGCGCAGGAUCAAGGCGUUCAAAUGGUUCUGCAAAUAUUUCAACGUGACGGCCGGCCCGGAACGGUCACUCAGCUGCAAAGGGAUGCUGGACGGUUUUGAGAUGACUCCGCAUAUGUACUCGUGGCAACCGGAUUGGGGCAAUAUGUGGAGAUCACAGGUUUGCGACUGUAAGCCGGCUCCCUACGGUGGUCCCCUGCCAUAUUACGACCCCAAAAUAUACCCCGAACGCUUCGCCAAGGAGAAUGAGAGGAAUCGCCUACGUUGCGUCUAUAGCAUCUACCACAAACCGGAAGUGUUCCGGCUGGACGAGGGAAAUUCACCGUGCAUCAAACACAAGCCCAAGGUCAAGCUCUACCGCACAGGCUUUCGAGAUACA